UUUUGACUAAGAGAAAGGGUAUGCUUCGCGAAAAACGACGCCGUUACAUUGUAGGAAAAAACAUACAUAUGACUGAAGCUCGCCUUGCUUUCCAAAGUUUUGCCUUGCACACUAAUCAAUUUUGAAAAUUGAAUCCUCUCUCUUCUUUCUCUCUCUACAAUCACAGAGAAAGCCAUAGAUGGCUGGCGAAAACGAACCCGCGAAGCUCCUUUUACCGUAUCUGCAGCGAGCUGAUGAGUUACAGAAGCACGAACCUCUCGUAUCUUAUUACUGUCGCUUGUAUGCAAUGGAAAGAGGAUUAAAAAUCCCUCAGAGCGAACGUACCAAGACCACUAAUGCCCUCCUUAUUUCCCUCAUGAAACAGCUUGAGAAGGAUAAGAAGUCUCUGAAGUUGGGGUCUGAUGACAGUCUAUAUCUGGAGGGAUUUGCCUCAAACGUCUUUGCAAGAGCAGACAAGCAAGAUCGUGCUGGUCGAGCAGAUUUGGGUACAGCGAAAACAUUCUAUGCUGCAAGCAUUUUCUUUGAGAUUCUUAACCAGUUUGGGCCUCUUCAGCCUGAUCUUGAACAGAAACAGAAGUACGCAGUUUGGAAAGCAGCUGAUAUUAGAAAAGCUUUAAAAGAAGGAAGGAAGCCUAUUGCAGGACCCCCUUCUGGUGAAGAUGAUCUGUCAAUUCCUCCAAGUACAAGUGGCAGAACAUAUGACAUUGGACCUAGUGAUUUGGUACCCACUAUUCCCAGACAGGGAUCUGAUUCAUCUGAGUUUUAUGAUUCCGGUAAUGACCGGCAGCAUUCUACAGUUGUUCCACCAUCGGAUCAACAUUCAACUCACACCCCACCACCAUUUCAAUAUCAUGAUAACGUCAACAACCAGUAUCAUUCUAUAAACACUCAACCACCACCACUGCCUACGCCAAGACAAUUCCAUGAUGAAGUCAACAGUCAGCAUUCGGCUAACAUCCCGUCCGCUCCUCAAACUUACCCCACCUCUGGUUACCCUUCACAUGAUAUCCACCCACCUCCAGCAAAUAGAUCUGACACUUCUGAUUAUCCGCAGACAUACCACCAACAACAGCCCUUUCCCGAAGAACCCCAUCAUCAUUUGCCUCAUAAUUAUCCACAAGAUACUACUUCUAACCCCUAUCCUCAUUUCCAAUCUUAUCCAAGUUUCUCCGAGAGUAGUAUCCCAGCAGUGUCUUCCCACUAUGCUUCUUACCAUCAAGGCUUGGAUGCUUCUUAUCCCCAGUCAGCUCCUCCAACGACAAGCUAUCAACCAGCUGCUCAACCCAAGUCAGCUAGCCGGAAUGGUUCUUUUAAAGAACCCGCUCCUGUCCCUCCCCCUCCCCCUGCUCCAGCAAAGUCAUAUGAGUAUGACUGUAACUACCAGCCACCACCUGAUAAAGUUGCAGAGGCACAAAAGGCAGCCAGAUUUGCAGUUGGUGCAUUGGCAUUUGACGAUGUGUCGAUUGCUGUCGACUUUUUGAGAAAAUCACUUGAACUAUUGACGAAUCCAUCCGCUGGUCAAUGAGCUUCUUUCAGUUAGGUGAUAAGGUUGAUUGUCCUUCAACUCUGGUUUUGUUGGACAGGGUGGUUUGUAAAUGUCAAAAGGAUAUAUAUACCGUGAGGUCUAUUUAAUAUUGAUACACUUGUGACCUGUGUGAAUCAUUUUUUUUUGGUUUUUGCCUGAGUUUCCACGAUACUAUUAUGAUGAAUGAAAAAAAGAAAUUGUUUAUUCUUUCUACCAA